AUGCCGGGAAAACCCCUCCACACGGAUGCUGAGGUCUACGACUUCGUCCUCGUCGGAGCCGGAUCAGCUUCUUGCUUAAUCGCGUCACGUCUCUCGCAACAGCUACCUGACCACCGGAUUCUUGUUCUAGAGGCUGGAGAACAUAUCCGAAAUGAUCCUAAAGUGCAGAUACCUGGUCUAGCCACGAGGCUACUGUCAGACCCCGCUUACGAUUGGCGAUACUCUUCUGCGCUGGAGCCGGGUUUGUAUAACAGGAAGGUUGACCAUCCCAGGGGAAAGCUGGUGGGUGGUAGCAGUGCAAUUAAUAGUCACAGUGUGGUGUUUCCUAACCACGAAUGGCAUGACCGUAUGGCGGAGGAGCUUCUGUCAGAUGCGGGGAGAGAAGAGUGGGGCUCACGGGGUAUGAGUGAUUGCUACAGAAGAUGGCAGACUGAACAGUCCAGUCCAGCAGUAAAUGACAAUGGGGCAUCUCCGGACCGUGUGAAAACAUCAUACCCGCGUACCUGGGAUCUGCUUCAAACUCGGUGGGUCGAAGCUUUUGAGGAGCUUGGUUGUCCGACGAGGGCUACAGGGUUUACUGAGAGCUCCGCCGGAGCAGUCAAUGUCACCAACGCGAUUGAUUCUUCAAAAGGCGAACGAAGCCAUGCAGGUACAGCAUAUCUGGAACCUGCCUUGGGACGUGGCAAUGUUACAUUGAAGACUGGCGUAAAGGUCGAUAAGAUUGCAUUCGAUGAGCCAUUGACUGCUGAUGGAAAACUCAAUGCGAGAGGUGUCCACUACACAUACAAGGGGGAAGAACAUCUUGUCAGUGGCCGAGAAAUAAUUCUCGGUGCAGGCGCAUUCGAGUCUCCCCUUAUCUUGGAACGAUCAGGUAUCGGAUCCAAAAAGAUUCUUGCAGACGCCAAUAUUCCCAUCCUGUACGAGCUCCCAGGGGUCGGUGAAAACUUACAGGAUCAUCUGAACUGCAGCUUGUCGUGCGAAACCCAAGAUGAAAUCCCUACUCGUGACGAAAUAAUGCGAAACCCCGAAUUGCAAAAGGCCGCAUUGUUGGAGUACGAAAAAAGCCACACUGGUCGAGUGUCCGAAGGGGCCGCAUAUAGCUUUGCCUUUACACCACUACAGAUGCUGGAAACCCCAUCGGAGACACAGGAGCUUAUCAACAUAGUCGAGCACUGGGUGAAGAACGAGAGUAACCCAAGUCUAAAGACCCAGUAUUCCAUCAUUCAGAAGAUAGUCGAAAGUCCCAGUGAAGCAACGGCCACCUUAUUCAUGCUGCGUACACAACGUCACAAAGAUGCUGAUUCACUUCCCAAAGGCACACCAUCUGUUGUCGAUGGCAACUACAUAACCGUUGUUGCAAUGCUGGCCCAUCCCUUUUCGCGCGGAAGCUGUCAUACCUCGCCUACUUCUUCAGAUCAGCCCGAGAUAAGAUUCAACUACCUUUCUCACCCUCUCGAUACGGAGAUACUGGCUCGUCACUUGCGUCUCAUUGAAAAGCUCUUCCAGAAGCCUACCUUUGCUGCCAUGACAAAGCCGGACGGAAGAAGAUUGCCUCGAAGCUUCCCCCAUCCGGUAACAUCACUCGAAGACGCGAAAGGCAUCCUCCCAAUAAACUCCGCGACGAACUACCAUCCGUGCGGUACUUGUUCUAUGAUGAGGGAAGAUCUAGGUGGCGUAGUUGACGAGCGGCUUACUGUAUACGGGACGAAGAAUGUGAGGAUUUGCGAUGCGAGUGUCUUGCCAAUCAUCCCACGGGGGAAUAUUCUGACCGCUGUCUACGCUUUCGCUGAGAAAGCAGCCGAGAUAAUUGUUAGAGAGACGAAAUCUGGUCUUCUUUCACGCCAAGGCACAUGA